AAGCUAUCGGAGGAGUGUUUGCCAACGACAAACUCGUAAGUUUUAAACGCAGAGUGUGCAUUAAUCAACCGGUUGCGCUACAUUAUGGCGAGAACUUAUGACCAAGAGCUGGCGUUUCUGGAAAAGAUCACCCCAACUUGUUGGAAAAUUAAGAAAGGUUUUGUCCCAAACAUGAAUGCAAGUCUUCUGCUUCACACGGCUGAGUUUUCUUGUGCAUAGGUUGAAGGUGUCUUCUACGUGAAUAACUUUCUUGAAAAACUUAUGUUUGACGAAUUACGAAAUUUUACACGCAGUGGAGAUUAUGGUGGGUUUCUACCAGGAAUGAAGCAAAUAGGGAACGUCGCAGCGUUACCUGGAAUUGUUCAUCGUUCAGUAGGCUUACCUGAUGUACAUUCUGGAUAUGGUUUUGCCAUCGGUAAUAUGGCUGCAUUUGACCUGACCAAUCCAAAAUCAGUAGUCUCACCUGGUGGUGUUGGGUUCGAUAUCAAUUGCGGAGUCCGACUUAUACGCACAAAUCUGAAUUUAAAAGAUGUUCUUCCAGUGAAAGAAAAGCUAACUCAGACUUUGUUUGAUCAUAUUCCUGUUGGUGUUGGUUCCAAAGGUAUCAUACCGAUGGAUGCUCAAGCUCUGGAAGAAGCUUUAGAAAUGGGUAUGGACUGGUCUCUGAGACAAGGGUAUGUCUGGGCGGAAGAUAAGGAGCAUUGUGAAGAGUAUGGUCGUAUGCUUCAGGCUGAUCCGUCUAAAGUUUCUUCACGAGCAAAAAAACGUGGACUUCCGCAACUUGGGACUCUUGGAGCUGGUAAUCAUUACGCUGAGAUACAAGUUGUGGAAGAAAUUUUUGACAAACAUGCAGCAACUAAAAUGGGCAUCAAUCAUUUAAAUCAGAUAGUACUAAUGAUUCAUUGUGGGAGUCGAGGAAUGGGUCAUCAAGUUGCAACAGAUGCUUUGGUUUCCAUGGAAAAAGCAAUGAAACGUGAUAAAAUCGAAGUAAAUGACCGGCAGUUGGCUUGUGCACACAUUAAUUCUGAAGAAGGUCAAGAUUAUUUGAAAGCAAUGGCAGCGGCUGCCAACUAUGCCUGGGUUAAUCGAUCUUCUAUGACAUUUCUUGCAAGACAGGCUUUUGCGAAAAUUUUCCAUUCUACACCAGAUGAUUUAGAUAUGCAGAUUAUAUACGAUGUAUCACAUAAUAUCGCUAAGGUGGAAGAACAUUGGGUAGAUGGCAAAAUAAAAACCUUACUAGUUCAUCGCAAGGGAUCUACUCGAGCAUUUCCACCUCAUCAUCCCUUAAUUCCUGUUGAUUAUCAGCUUACCGGACAGCCUGUACUUAUUGGUGGUACUAUGGGUACUUGUAGUUAUGUUUUAACUGGUACUGAAAAAGCAAUGACUGAAACUUUUGGUUCAACAUGUCAUGGUGCUGGUCGUGCAUUAUCUCGAGCCAAAUCAAGACGUAAUCUCGACUAUACUGAUGUUUUAGCACAGUUACAGGAAAAAGGUAUAUCAAUACGAGUUGCUUCACCUAAACUUGUAAUGGAAGAAGCUCCAGAAUCAUAUAAAAAUGUAACAGAUGUCGUAGAUACCUGUCAAGCAGCUGGAAUAAGUAACAAGGUGCUCAAACUACGUCCAAUUGGAGUAAUCAAAGGUUAAUCUGUUUUUUUGCUCCGGUCGAUACUUUCUUCCCCUCCCAACUAAAUCCAUGCAUUCAAUACCUCUGUACACAAAAUAAAAUUGUUCUGUAUACUAUUGUUACUUUUUUGAAAGGAAAAAAUGUGAUAUUUUUAAUUGUGUGAUAUUCACUGCCAAAUAAAAUUAUUAUUACUAUUAUUAAUGUAUGUCUUAUGCUUUCCGUUCGAGUAUAUUUAGUUAGUGAUUGUUAUUCUCAUGUAUUUUUGUAGUCCUGUUUUUGCUGUAUACUUGAAAAUUUUACAUUAGAUUUCAACGAAGUUUAUUCAACUUAUUUUCCUUUCUACUGUCAUAAUGACCUUUUUUGCGUAAAUAUUUAUGCUAUUCAGUGAUUAUGUUCAGAUUAAUUCACUGAAUUGUAAACUAUAUUUAGUUGAAGAGACUGACAAAGAUUCUAUUUUGAUGUGUUAGCUGGUUGGAAAUGAUUUAAUUUAGUCGAAAAUAUUUUUCUCUUAAUAGUUUUGUGAAUUUUAGUCCGUUGUGAAGUAGAAAUAAAAGGAAAAGAAUCUUUUCCUAUAUUAUGUAUAUAUUCGUGCCAGCUGAUACUAAGUUUUUCCCAUUGUUAUGUAAGACUAUCUAGUAAAUUUUUUCAUCGUUGACAAAACUAAAUGCAUGUAAUAGAUUAUAUUAAUCC